UUAAUGUUCCGUGCAGACGGGACGAUAUCGAUAUCUGAGCUACUAGCCCGCGAACAGUUCGAAAAGCUAGAACACCGUCUCAUCACCGCCACUGACCUUCGUAAAUGGCCCAAUGCCACCCUUGACGAUGCUGGCACGUCUGCAAUGGCCCCUGUGCAGUUUACCGACGACCCUGACCUAUCGCUCGUCUUGCCAACGAAAUGGCGAUACCUCUGUUUCGACAGCCGACUCACAGCGGACGCCGCACCAUCCAGCGUGCUCGCAUCAUCUCCGAAUGGCGAGCUUUUGGCCGCCACCUCCAGUGAGCUGGAGAUAAUUGUCUGGAGAUUGUCAGACGGAUUGUCAGUUCAGCGAUUAGGUCAUGAAGGCCACACAGAAACUAUCGCUUCCAUCGCCUUCUCUCCGGACGGAGGUAGCCUCAUUUCUGGGUCGGCGGAUAGGACCGCAAUCGUUUGGAGCCUGGAGACUGGGCGAGCACUGCUGCGCCUUGUGGGCCAUCGUGAAACCAUCGAGCAUGUUCAAUACAUCACCCACGGUUUGCGCAUCGUCACCGCCUCCACAGACUCCGCAGUCAAAUUCUGGGACGCCAAAAGCGGCGCGCCUCUUUGUCACUUCCCCCAUGGCGACGAGAUCGAGCGACUGUUGAUCUCCCCAGACGGCUCUCGUUUUGGCGUUCAGAUGAAGCAUUCAGUAGCGCUCUACGACACGGACUCCAUUGUUCAGCUCGCCGUCCUUGAGCCUUCGCACGGUGCCAAGGUGGCGACCAUAGCGUUCUCCGCUAGCGGAGAUCGCUUAUUCAUUGGCGAUCAUCGCGGUGGCGGACGCGUCUGCAACACCGAUAACUGCAAAGAGGUGAUGCAUCUCGAAGAUUUUCCUAGCAAGACCCAGGCUUCUGCCUUUGCGCCGGAUGGCGGUCCUCUCGCCGCUGUCUGGAGUCAAGCGGUGGCCAUCGUCACCAGGGACGGAACGGUCGACUUCAUGUAUCACUUGGAAUCGCUUGGAACUGCGGUAGCAUUCUCUCCUAAUGGCGAAUUCAUCGCCGCAGCCGGAGGUCUCAACGAGGGCGAGGGCGAAAUCCGGGUGUGGAGCACUACGUCGCGACAGCUUAUUGCAGGGUUCACGGCGCCCUCGUCUAACAUCUGGGAUACCAAAUUCUUGCCGGACAGUAGACGGUUGUUGACUUUUGCAAAAGAAGGACCGGCGUGCCUGUGGAAUGUUGGGGAUGCUUUACGCGUACGCUAGCAUUCUGCCGCACCGCUCUCAGACCGCCAGCUGCAAAGAAGUCGUAAAUAAGUGUAGAUAUUCAUGUGCACUCUCACCUGCGUUUCUGAGCAUAUAUACAAGGCUCUGCACUCUGAGCCUGGAAGCGGUCGUUUCAGCCUUGAGAUAUCGAGAACACGCAUCGCACAUGAUCGUGCGAAAGUUAGCGCAAAUGACGCGCGUUUCGCGACGCGCAUCGGUCUCCG